AUGAUGGAUUUUGAUGAGCGUGGUCCCUGCUCCUCUAACAUGUAUUUGCCAAGUUGUACUUACUACGUCUCGGGUCCAGAUUUCUCCAGCCUCCCUUCUUUUCUGCCCCAGACCCCGUCUUCGCGCCCAAUGACAUACUCCUACUCUUCCAACCUGCCCCAGGUCCAACCCGUACGCGAAGUGACCUUCAGAGAGUACGCCAUUGAGCCCGCCACUAAAUGGCACCCCCGCGGCAAUCUGGCUCACUGCUACUCCGCGGAGGAGCUCGUGCACAGAGACUGCCUGCAGGCGCCCAGCGCGGCCGGCGUGCCUGGCGACGUGCUGGCCAAGAGCUCGGCCAACGUCUACCACCACCCCACCCCCGCCGUCUCGUCCAAUUUCUAUAGCACCGUGGGCAGGAACGGCGUCCUGCCACAGGCUUUCGACCAGUUUUUCGAGACGGCCUACGGCACCCCAGAAAACCUCGCCUCCUCCGACUACCCCGGGGACAAGAGCGCCGAGAAGGGGCCCCCAGCGGCCGCAGCGACCUCCGCGGCGGCGGCGGCGGCGGCGGCAGCGGCCACGGGCACGGGCACGCCCGCAACUUCAAGUUCGGACGGUGGCGGCGGCGGCUGCCGGGAGGCGGCGGCGGCGGCGGCGGCGGCGGAGGAGGAGAAGGAGCGGCGACGGCGCCCUGAGAGCAGCAGCAGCCCUGAGUCGUCUUCCGGCCACACUGAGGACAAGGCCGGCGGCUCCAGUGGCCAACGCACCAGAAAAAAGCGUUGCCCCUACACCAAGUACCAGAUCCGGGAGCUGGAGCGGGAGUUCUUCUUCAGUGUGUACAUCAACAAAGAAAAGCGCCUGCAGUUGUCUCGCAUGCUCAACCUCACCGACCGUCAAGUCAAAAUCUGGUUUCAGAACAGGAGAAUGAAGGAAAAAAAAAUUAACAGAGACCGUUUACAGUACUACUCGGCCAACCCGCUCCUCUAA